UCUAAAAAAUCAACAAAAGUUUUGCAAAUCUCGGAAAUGUUGCGUUUUUAGUUGAAAACAUUGCACAUUUUAGUUCAAAUCACGCAGCAAACACACGACAGCAAGAUGCUAAACUCCAUCGAGGACGAAUACAAUGAAUACGAGAAGAACCGAACGUGGAAUCGAGUGUAUCAGGAAAUUUGUGCCAAUGCAGUGUCAGCAGCGCGCAAAAAUGGCUUUUCCGUGGAUGUAUCGAAGAAAAACAUUCGAUUGAAUCGAUAUGGAGACGUCCAACCGUACGAUCAUUCCCGCGUCAAGUUACAAAGGACGAACUUUGAUUACAUCAAUGCCAAUAUUGUGAAGUGUGAUCGGGCGAAUCGUCGGUACAUUUUGUGCCAAGGACCCCUUCCAGCGACAGUAACGCACUUUUGGCUCAUGGUAUGGGAACAAAAUUCAAAAGCAAUAUUGAUGUUGAACAAACUCAUCGAGGAUCGUCAUAUUAAGUGCCACCUUUACUGGCCCGAAAAGAUCGGGCAGAAGCUAAAUUUGUCCGAAGUUGGAUUGACAGUCGAUUAUGUCAAGUGCGAAACGUAUAGCAAUUACUGCAAACGAACGUUCAAGAUAACUGACGUCGAUUCGACUAAAUCGCGCGAAGUAAUUCAAUUUCAUUACACAAAUUGGCCUGAUUUUGGCAUUCCAACGUCGCCAAUUGCGUUUUUGAAGUUCUUGCAAAGUGUGAGAAAAGCAGGCGUCUUGGAAGAAAAUGUAGGCCCCGCAGUUGUCCAUUGUAGCGCAGGAAUCGGCAGAUCAGGCACUUUCUGUCUUGUGGAUUGCUGUUUGAUCAUUAUUGAUAAAUUUGGCGAAAAUAACGUUUCGGUCAAGGAAGUCUUAAUGGAGUUACGUAAAUAUCGGAUGGGGUUGAUUCAGACACCGGAUCAGCUGUAUUUUUCCUACAAAGCAAUAUUGGAAGGCAUGAAAUUCCUGAAAGAAAAUCGAUUUCAAUCGCUCGAAGAUGACCCUCUUAUCUCGAAUGAGGAUCGCAUGUUUACGGAGCCCGACGAACCACCGGUAAUUCCGCAACGUACACAAUCACUCCAUUUGCAACACAGCGGUCUAAUUUCCUACGACAACAACACAUCAUCCAAGCUAAACAACAACGAUGCAUCACAAAAUGCGCCCGCGUCGCAUGCCGAAAACCAUUUGGCGAAUCGCCCGUUGCCCGAACUCCCGACAAACAGCAGCAGCGACUCCGACGACAGCAGCAGUAGCGGCGAAGAGGAGAUAAUUCGCAGUAUUAACACGUCGGAGGAGGAGAAUGAUGACGAUUUGUUGCGGGACGCGAGCGAAAUGGACGUCGCCGAAAUCGAAAAAGAUCCCGAAACGAGUCGCGAAGUCAAUGGAAACGGAAAUGACGAUGAAAACACAACAUCACCCAACAACUCGACGGAAGUGCGUCGCAGAAAACGCUUGGAGAACAACAAAAACAUGGAGGAGAAAAUUCGCGAUAUUAAGCGAAAACAGAAGGAGAUGGAAGACUCUGUCUUGACAUCGAAGAAGCGCAGGGAAAACAUACGGUCCGAAUGAUAUUUACACACGACAUGGAAAAUCUACUUUAUUUUGUGCAUUUAAAGACUGCUAAUUUUCCGUUUUAAAAACAAACAAACAAACAAGUUUUUUCAUAUCAUUAAAUUUAAUAUUUUCCAAAAAAUUUUUGUUGUUAAAACUGUUAAAAAAAUAUUUGUUGAGUUUUCAUUUUUCGUGAAAUUAGUUGUUGUUGUAUUUGUCUAAACUUUCAAAUUUAUUAAAUUAAAAAAAAAUUAUUAAAAAAUUAUAUUCGAAAAA